AUGCAGCUCCGCAAGCUCAAGUACAGCCGCGUCGACAUUCUCGCUGCGGCUGCCGCUACCGACGACGAGGCCACCGCGGGCCAGCGCACCCACGACGAAGAGUUGGCCUCGUCGUCAGCGUCGGCCGACGACGAGGCCCGCGCUGCUGCCGCUGCCGGUGAAAAGAAGGAGGGUAGAGGCCAGGUCGUGGAACAGGAGCAAGAGUCGUCGCAAGACGAACGCGGCGUCAAUGUCAAGGGCACCGGCCUCGAGCGAACGCUGGGCUGGAAGGGCGCCGCAUUCAACGCCGCAGCCUACAGCAUCGCCCUCGGCGUCCUCUCGAUUCCCAAGGCCGCCGCGACGAUGGGCGAGGGCGCCUUUGUCAUUCUCUCCGUCUUCUUCAGCUUCAUCACUUGGUACACGGCCACGACUUACUCGCGCCUCCAGAAGCACUACCCGGGCGUCCACUCCCUCACCGACGCCGGCGACCUCAUCUUUGGGCCUGCCGGCCGCGAGUUUUUCGGCUUCUGCCAAGCUCUCUUCUCCGUUCUUCUCUGUGGUAACCAUGUCCUGCUGGGCGCGACGGCCUUCCAGGCUCUCGGGUGGAGAUCAUGCGCAAUCGCCCUCAACGUCGUCUUUGCCAUCAUCUCCUUCAUCUUCACCCUCCCACGGUCCUACCAGCUCUUUGCCCGCUUGGCCUUUGUUAGCAUGUUCUGCAUCGUCAGCACAGUCAUCAUCGUCAUGAUUGCCUCGGGCAUCUCUGGCCCUCAGAACCAGCCGGCAGGCUCACCGCCCGUCCGGCCUUACAAGGGCUUCGGCUCCAUCCUCGACGACAAUGUCGACUUUCUUGACGGCAUGCUUGCAGUCACGAACCUUUUCGUCAGCUUUGGCUCGAGCCCAUGCUACCUGCCUCUCUUGGCCGAGAUGCGCUCGCCGCGCGACUUUAAAAAGUCCAUGAUUGCCCUCAUCUCCUUCCAGCUCGUUCUCUACAUCGUCGUUGGCACCGUUGUAUACCACAACCUGGGCCAGUAUGUCACUUCUCCCUCGAUUGGCAGCCUGAGUCCCGUGAUGCAAAAGGUCUCCUACGGCGUCGCCCUGCCGACGAUUCUGCUCGCCGGCUGCGAGUCGGGCCAGGUCGUCUCGAAGCAGCUCUACGUCCGCGUCCUCCGCGCACGGCCCUCGCUAAAGCAGGGCGGCAAGGCGCAGCGUCGCAGCCCCCGCGCCUCGAGCUGGCUCGUCUGGACGCUCAUCAACGUCGUCGUCUGGACCGCCGCCUGGAUCCUCGCCGAGCUCAUUCCCUUUUUCAGCUCCUUUCUCGGCGUCGAGUCCGCCGCCCUCUGGACCCUCUUUGUCGCCUUUGCCGCCAUUUUCCACCUCUUUCUCAGCCGCGGCAAGCUCUUUCGCGAUCCGUGGAACACCGUCCAGACGAUCGUCGCCCUCUUCAUCAUUGCCUUUAGUGCCUUUGUCAUGGUCGCCGGCGUCUGGGCUGCCGCGAUCAGCAUCCGCGACAGCUAUGCCGCCGGCAUCGUGGGGCGGCCUUUUAGCUGCGAGAUUCCAAAGGCAUAG